AUGGGCGCCAAGCGGGAGGGAGCGGACGGGGAGGGGCGCACGGAUGGGGAUGGCGAGGGCGGAGGGGCGGGAAGGGGGGAGGGCGGCGGGAGGACGGAAGUCGGCAUGGGCGGGCGGUGCGUGGCGCGCGCUGCAAGGCUGGGCACUCAAAACACGGCAGACGAGGAGGCGCCGCUGAUGGCGGGCGGCGUGACCCGGCGCGCGCCCCCGCGCGCGUGCGGCUACGGCUACGGCGGCUCGGGCGGCGGCGGCGGCGGCGGCUACCCCGGCGGCAGCUACACCGAGGUCGAGUAUCACCGCGGCCGGAAGCCGUCCAUGUCGGGCAGCCUGAUCGGCUCGGUCGUCGGGCUCUUCCUCCUCGCCGGCGCGACCGCGCUGCUGUGGACGAACGAGGGCUCGGCGGUCGCGGCCCAGUACGGGCUUCUCGAGGCGGAGAGGCACCACGCGGCCGGCACGGGCGGCGUGGCGCACCUGAGCGGGGAGCUUCGCGGCCGCGGCGACGGCAUGCUGCGCGACGACGCCUUCGACGUCCACGCGGCGGCCAUCUGGCUGGAGCGGGUGGCGGAGGUGUACCUCUGGAAGGAGCACGCGCACGAGAGCCGCAGAAAGGUGCCCGACGGGAGGGGCGGCACGAUGACGGAGACGGUAAAGACGUACUCGUACCGGGAGCAGUGGUCGAGCCGCGAGGUGCGCUCGGCCGAGUUCCGAGACCCGCGCGCGCCAGCCAACCCGAGCUUCGACGAGGCGCUGCGCGACGCGGGGCCCGGCUUCUCGAACGAGCGGUGGAGCCAGCCGGUGACGCUGCAUGGGCUGCAGCUCGCGCGCGGGCUGCUGCAGCAAGCCGGCGACGGGGAGAGGCUCGGCCACAGCGUCUACGCGCCGGGCUGCGAGGGCGGCCGGCCGGCGAUCGGGUGCGCUCGCCUCUCGUGGAAGCACGCGCCGCUCGGCGAGGUGAGCGUCCUCGCCCGCCGCGCGAGAGACGGGCUCGAGCCGUGGGUCGCCUCGUCGGGCUUCGAGCUCGCGAUGCUGCGGCGCGGCCAGCACACGCCGGCGGCCAUGUUCGCGGCCGCGGCGGGCGCCAACGCGGCGUGGAAGUGGGGCAUGCGCGCGCUCGGCGGCGUCCUCGUCUGGGCGGGGUGGGGCCUCGUCCUCGGCCCGUUCUCGUACCUCGCCUCGUGGGUGCCUCUUCUCGGCGGUCUGGUGGGGUGCGCGGUCGGGCUGCUCGCGCUCAGCCUGGCCGCCGCGCAGACCCUCGUGGUCGUCGCGCUGGCGUGGCUCUGGUACCGGCCCCUCCUCUCGGCCACCCUCCUCGCCCUGGCGGCCGCCUCGUUGUUCCUCGGCUACGGAAGCCUCCGCAGCCUCCGCCGCGGCGGUGCGCGCGCGGCCGCGGCCAGCGCGCCGAGGCCGGCGGCGUCGGCGGCGUCGGCCGCGGCCGCAGCGGCCACUGCACGGGCGACGGGCGACUCCCCUGCCUCCGUCCAAGUUGGGGACAGGCUGGCGCAGCUCAAGUCGAUGCUGGACCGGGGCCUGAUCACCCAGGCGGACUACGACGCCAAGAAGGAGGAGCUGCUCAGCAGGAUGUGA